AGCGGUGUUUGCUUUGCGAGUCUCUCGUAAGACGGUUCAGACAUGCAUUGUUUGCCUCGCGAUUGGGCCGCGUUUGCUGACCUGCAUGCACUCUUCUCUUGCGCAGUACUAGCUGAGGUCAAACUUUACCUCCAAGGCUGUCUUGACUGUAUUGCAAGGACAAGAGAUCUUUAUCGUCAUCCCUUCACCAGUCAUCCGCCAACUAUAAACCCACCUCACCUUCUUCAAAGAAGAACAGCGCACACCUCUCACCUUUCAUCAUCGCACAUCAUAAACGCACACCGCGCUCACUCCCAAUCCAAAGCACAAACAUCAACACAACGCAACCGCACAACAUCGAAAGCAAAAGAAAAAGAUGCCCUCCUCCUCAGCCCGCACAACCCACCUAGAACUCCAACUCCGCCACGCCUACCAAACCGCCUACGUGCGUCUACACGCCGCGCACCUCUACCGCCACGCCAACUCGCUGACCACGCAAUUCGCGCUGCUGCUCGACACCACGGAGCGCGAAAUGCAACUCGCGCUGCACCCUGAGCUGCUGCCUGGGCACAGCGCUGCGGAGGCGGAGGCGUGGAGGGACGAUAUGAGGGUUUUGAGGGAGGCGGAGAGGUCGAAUGGGCGGUUGAGGGG